UUAGGGGUGGACCGGUAAAUUGCCCGGAUGCAAAAGGCCAUGUGCAUUGUUGCCUGUCUCUGAAGCGCUGUUGCACAACCGCUGUACCAUUCUUUUCCACAUUAUACCAUCCUGUCUCCUUCAGACGAGCAAAUCGUGUCAUCAUUAAACAACAAAGAUGUUGCGUCUACCCACAGUGAUGAGACAGAUGAGGCCAGUCAGCAGGGCCCUGGCCCCCCACCUCACCCGGGCUUACGCCAAGGACGUCAAGUUUGGAGCCGAUGCUCGGGCCAUGAUGCUGAAGGGAGUGGAUCUGCUGGCUGAUGCUGUCGCUGUCACCAUGGGACCGAAGGGUCGCACAGUCAUUAUCGAGCAGAGCUGGGGCAGCCCCAAGGUGACCAAGGACGGCGUCACUGUAGCCAAGGCCAUCGACCUGAAGUGCAAGUACCAGAACAUUGGUGCCAAGCUGGUCCAGGACGUGGCCAACAACACGAACGAGGAAGCGGGAGAUGGCACCACCACUGCCACCGUGCUGGCCAGAGCCAUCGCCAAGGAGGGCUUUGACAGCAUCAGUAAAGGAGCUAACCCUGUGGAGAUCCGGCGUGGCGUCAUGCUGGCUGUGGAGACCGUCAUCAAUGAGCUGAAGAGGAUGUCCAAGCCAGUCACCACCCCUGAGGAGAUUGCCCAGGUGGCCACCAUCUCUGCUAAUGGAGACGUAGAGAUCGGCACCAUCAUCUCCAACGCCAUGAAGAAAGUGGGCCGCAAGGGAGUCAUCACUGUCAAGGAUGGCAAAACCCUUUAUGAUGAGCUUGAGAUCAUUGAGGGGCUGAAGUUUGACCGCGGAUACAUCUCCCCUUACUUCAUCAACACAGCCAAAGGCCAGAAGUGUGAGUUCCAGGAUGCCUAUGUGUUGCUGAGUGAGAAGAAAAUCUCUUCUGUCCAGAGCAUCGUCCCUGCCCUGGAAUUGGCCAACCAGCACCGCAAACCUCUGGUCAUAGUGGCCGAGGAUGUGGACGGAGAGGCCCUCAGCACCCUGGUCCUCAACAGGCUGAAGGUGGGACUGCAAGUGGUGGCAGUCAAGGCCCCAGGCUUUGGAGACAACAGGAAGGCCCAGCUGCAUGACAUGGCCGUUGCCACCGGGGGCACUGUGUUUGGUGAUGAGGCGGUGGGCAUUGCUCUGGAGGACAUCCAGGCCCAUGACUUUGGUAAGGUUGGCGAGGUGUCUGUCACCAAGGACGACACCAUGCUGCUGAAGGGGAAGGGAGACACUGCGGCCAUCGAGAAGCGCCAGGCAGAAAUAGUUGAGCAGCUGGAGAACACCACUAGCGACUAUGAGAAGGAGAAGCUCAACGAGAGGCUGGCCAAGCUGUCUGACGGAGUGGCUGUGCUCAAGGUAGGAGGAACGAGUGAUGUAGAGGUGAACGAGAAGAAGGACCGUGUGACCGACGCCCUGAAUGCCACCAGGGCCGCUGUGGAGGAGGGCAUUGUGCCCGGAGGUGGCUGUGCCCUGCUGCGCUCCAUCCCUGCCCUUGAUGCCCUCGUGCCCAUUAACACUGACCAGAAGAUUGGAAUUGACAUCAUCAGACGAGCCCUGCGUGUGCCAGCCAUGACCAUUGCGAAGAACGCUGGUGUGGAGGGCUCUCUAGUGGUGGAGAAGAUCCUUCAGGCCGCGGGGGAGAUAGGAUACGAUGCCAUGGAGGGAGAGUACGUCAACAUGGUAGAGAAGGGCAUCAUCGACCCAACCAAGGUGGUAAGAACGGCACUGAUGGACGCUGCAGGUGUUGCUUCUCUGCUCUCCACCGCCGAGUGUGUGGUCACAGAACUGCCCAAGGAUGAAAAGGAGGCUGGCAUGCCAGGGGGCAUGGGUGGUAUGGGGGGCAUGGGAGGUAUGGGGGGCAUGGGAGGUGGCAUGUUCUAAGGCUCACCUCAAAGUGCUGUUUAGACUUAAUGGCAGAAUGAGGCUAGGGGGCAAAUUAUCCCUCCAACCCCAGACAGACUGGCCAUAAGUUUAUUGGUGCUGCAAAUGGAUGAACCCUACUACUUCUGCUGAUUGUCUCCCCUCCACCAUCCGGUAAGAACGGACCAGCCUCCCCAGCCUUACUCCGUCCCUCUACCCACACCUGACUGAGGCUCUGACCGACUCCAGUCUGCACCGAUGAUCCCCCCCCCCCCCGCCCACACAGUUUACCUCAUAAACAUGGCAGUCUCAUCAUCCAUCCUCAACAUGCAGAAUAGUCUUGAAUAUCGUGCAGAAUAUUCCCUGUCAAUUAUGAAAGAUACUCACCAGUGAGAAUAAUCCAAUGCUGUUCUUGAUAAAUUGUCAUUUAAUAUCAAAUGGAAGUAAUGAAGCCUGUUUGUGUGCACUACAGAAGUUCAAACGAGAAGGCUGACCUAAAAUGGUCAAACACAGUAUAGAUGUAACUCAAUAUUGAUUUACAGAGUUUUUUUUAGUUUUUUUUGUAACUUUGUGGGUGAACCAGGAAAACUGAAAUGAACAAUGUUGGAAGGAACCAUAACUGAAAAGGUUAAGUUAAUUAAACAAUUAUUGCUGAGCAUGAGUUUUUUUUCUUCAUCUCUGACCUGAUUUAAUACUAAAAUAUUCUGUAACUUUAGAACUGAAAGAAUAAUUCGAUACAUUUUACUAAGAAACAUGACCUUAUGAUUGGUUAAGAGUGCCUCGUUUACUAGUAAUUUAGCGGAGGGGAAGGCUAAAUAGGCAUUUAGCUGAUUUUAAUGCACAUCUGGCAAAGGGAGGGCGCAGUUUGCAGAGGUUGAUUGGGUAGGUAGGUGUAGCAGUUUGGGCCAGUGACGGUCUAAGCCACAAGUUUUAAUGUUAAACCCAUUUGGUGUCCUCAUGACCUGAUUUGUACUUACUGCUCAUGACAUUUAGCCUACAUUUUAUUUGAUGUGUGUUCAAUAGGAGCCACAAACUACCAUGCGCGCGUGUAAGCAUGUGUUAAACUGCUACUCUACUAUCCCCCCCCCCCUCCCCGUACGUUAUUUCUUUGCAAACAACUGAUCAUUCAACGUGUUUUGUACAAUGUAGACAUUUUGUGAUUUUUUUUUUUUAUGUAUUUAAUAAAAUCAAAUGUUCUGAAGGAA